ACAGAGAAGAAGAAAAAUCUGUCGGUUCAGUUCCUGGUUGCAUAAAGUCCAGAAUCGCCCUCUGUUCAGAUUGUUGUUUUUCUUACCGUCAGGCUAACUGUUUUUCUAUUCCGACCGAUAUGUUUAAAGGUUUAGGGACCUGGUUGGGUUUGGAGAACCCGACGUUAACGAAAACGCCGGACGACAAAGACAAUCUCAGUGUGGAGCAGGAAGAAAAGGUGGUAGAAGCACAAAACGAGGUAAACAAACAGCAACCAGCUGACCAGGAUGGAGAACCAGAGGCGAACCAGGAAAAGUCUGAGCAGGGCCAAGGACUGGGAGAUUACAUCUUCAGCUUUGCCUCCAGCGCCACGAAGAAGAUCUCUGAGUCUGUGGUGGAGACAGCUCAGACCAUCAAGAAGACUGUGGAAGAAGGGAAAAUCGACGGCAUCAUAGACAAGACUUUUCUAGGAGACUUCCAAAAGGAGCAAGAGAAGUUUGUCCAAGAGAAGAAAGCAAAAAAAUCAGAGGCAGCAGUGCCUCCAUGGGUCGGCUACAAUGAGGAGGAGACAAUCCAGCAACAGAUCCUUGCUCUGUCAGCUGACAAGAGAAACUUCUUGCGAGACCCUCCUGCUGGUGUUCAGUUCCACUUUGACAUGGAGCAGAUGUAUCCUCUGGCUGCAGUGAUGCUGGAGGAAGACCAGCUGCUCAACCGCAUGCGCUUUGACUUGGUUCCUAAACAUGUGAAGGAAGAGGUUUUCUGGAGGAAUUAUUUCUACCGGGUGUCUCUGAUCAAGCAGUCGGCUCAGCUCACAGCGCUGGCAGCCCAGCAGCAGCAGAAGGACGGUGAGGAGAGUGUGUCGCCUGAGGACGUCGUCUUGACAGACAAUGUCAGACCAAAAACUCCACCAGUUUCCAUCAGCGACAUACAGAAGCCGCCUCAAGAAGAAGAGGAGGAGAUGUCGACGAGUCCUGGCGUGUCCGAGUUUGUGAGCGACGCUUUUGACUCGACUGCCAUCAACCAGGAGGACCUUAGGAAAGAGAUGGAGCAGCUGGUGCUGGAUAAGAAGGGGAGCGUCCCCUCUCCUGAUGAUGAAUCAGCAGACUGGGAAAAGGAGCUGCAGCAGGAGCUUCAGGAGUACGAGGUGGUGACCGAGUCAGACAACAAAGACGACCAGUGGGAUCAAGAGAUCGAGAAGAUGCUGCAGGCCGACGACAGCUAAACAACCUCUGUGUGUGUGUGUGUGUGUGUCUCCUGUACAGUGAUCUAGCCCAUGGAUGAAUAGUGACCAGUGAUGCACAAGGGGAUGGACUUCUCCAUCCUUUGCCACACCCAACUGUGAUUACUACCUUAUAAACAUUCUCAUGUUCCUGAUGAAGGUGUAGAUCCAAUAGUAAGAGUGUGUCACCUCUGCUGCAGACAAUGGUUAUGUUCAGGUGUAUUAGUAAAGUGCUACUUCAUUACUCUUUCCUCAAUUAGUUAUGUCGACUUGCUUUCCACCCCUCACUCUCUUCCUGUUUUUCAUGGAAAAACGCCACUAGAGGGCACCACAGUACAGGCACCAUGAAUUUUAAAAUGGAGGGGGAGGCCUGUUAAAAAUGAAAGUUUUGCUGCUUCGUGAUUGUCGGGUUGUACAGUAAAGUGUUAGGGUAGUCAGAGUACAGUAAAAUCAAAUGUAAAGUUCCAUUUAUGUAAAUAAAGAGGAUUCUAACAUUAGACGUCAAGUGGCAUUUCCCUUUCCCAUCUGCUUGGCAUUUUACAUUUUGACAAACUCCUGUGUGCAUGUCUGCUUUACUUUGUUUCUUUGCUACUGAAAUACUGUAUAUUUCCAUUUUUAUCAUCUGUUAUCCUUUAAUAAAUAUUUAUCUAUUA